CUUAAUAUGUUUUUAAAGGGCAAUGUUGGUGACCACAUCGAUCUGUUGAUCAAAUUUCGGGUACUCAGAAAACGAAACACAUUAUCAAAGUAAUUAAGUUGUAUCAUCCACGAUUGUUAGAUGACUUUGCAGUCCAAUAGAGGCUUUGUUUAGAACAAAAUUGUACUCCAGUAUUUAUGAAUUUUGACUCGUCAUCUCUCUUUUUUUAGUAGCUAAACAACAACUACCAGUUUCCCAUAGGCAUGUUAGUCAUUCUGGUCAAAAACUAACAAACAUUAGUGACAGGGGAAAUUUUUUUUUCAAAAUAUCAACAAAAAUACAUUUCAGAGUUCCUCAAUUUGUGUUUCUUCACCAUUCUGUCCUUCCCAUGACCCCCUAAUGCCCUAAUCAAUGGCUCCAACAGAUCCCCUUUUUGUGCCUGUGGAGAAAAUUCGAGUUCCUCCCCCGUCUAUAGCCCCAUCACCAGGGAAUCACAUCGAUUCAUCAACAAGAAAGGGGCACACCUGGACAAUAGUAUUAGCUUCUAUACUAUCAGCUGCUUCAGUAAUUGUAUUGUGUGCACUCGCAAUAAACCUUCUGAGGAGAAAAAGAAAUCGAAGAAACAGCGAGGAAAAUUCAAAAGCAUUUUCAAAGUCGAAAAGUUUCUCCUCACGGUUCCAACAUAAGGAAAAGGUGGAAGAUGUGUCGGUUUUUGAAUCAGAAAGAGCGAUAGCAUAUAGUUUAGAGGAGAUUGCAUGGGCAACAAAUAACUUCCAUGAAUCUAGGAAAAUCGGAGAGGGUGGAUACGGUAGUGUGUAUUAUGGCGUAAUAGGAGAACAGAGGGUUGCAGUUAAGAAGAUGAGGUCUAACAAGGAGUUUUUCGCAGAGCUCAAGGCCUUAUGCAAGAUAAAUCACAUUAAUGUGGUGGAGUUGUUGGGGUAUGCAAAUGGGAAUGGCCACCUCUAUCUGGUGUAUGAGUACAUUCAAAAUAGAUCUCUGAGCGAACAUCUACACGACCCGUUACUCAAAGGUAAGCAGCCUCUUUCUUGGACAGCAAGAGCAACCAUCGCGCUAGAUGCAGCAAAGGGUAUUGAGUACAUUCACGACCACAUGAAGUCCCGGUGCGUGCACCGUGACAUAAAGACUAGUAAUAUCCUACUCGCUGAAGGACCCAGAGCUAAGGUUGCUGGCUUUGGAUUGGCAAAGCUGGUUGAAAGAACCAACGAAGAUGAUCUCAUUGCGACUAGCCUUGUUGGAACACCAGGAUACCUUCCGCCAGAAUCGGUGAAGGAGCUGCAAGUGACUACUAAAACCGACGUUUUUGCUUUCGGAGUGGUGUUGGCAGAACUCAUAACCGGUCAACGCGCACUCAUUCGUGACAACCGGGAGCCCAAGAGAAUGAAAUCACUCGUCUCAGUUGUAAGCAGACCUUUAGAUUUUUACUAUAGAGAAACAAAACAGAUCAACUCAAAAAUGUCUGAUACCGAAAACAUGACUAGUCGUAUUCGAAGACAAUUCCAAUUUCUAGGUGACUAUUUUCAAAGAGUUCAAUAUCUACAUGCAUAAAACUGACGAGAACAUGUAAAUCAGAGAUAUGCGGUUUUUUUGAUCCGAUGAAAUCUCUUUAAUUUCAUCGCAUUGCUUGUUCAGGUUAAGAGGAUAUUCGAAGAUGAAAACCCAGAGACUGCUCUGGAAUCUAUUAUAGAUAGCAAUCUUGGAGGCACCUAUCCUGUGGUGGAUGUAUUUAAGACGGCCAAAAUCGCAGUGUGGUGUUUAAGUGAAGAUCCAUGUAACAGACCAGAGAUGAGGGAGAUAGUUGUGGAACUAUCUCAGAUUGUGACGUCCUCGAUAGAAUGGGAAGCUUCCCUAGGAGGGGAUAGCCAUGUUUUUAGCGGGGUUUUUAGUGGAAGAUGAAGAUUUAUUUUAGCUCUUAAUGUGGUUUUCUAUUUUAUUACUAGUGUAACUAUAAUUUAUCAUCUGUUUAGUGUAUGUGUAUAUCUUCAUAUUCAAAGGUUGUUCACUGAGCCUGCAGAACAAAGAAGGUUAUGAAAGGGAACUACAAGCAGUAUUUUUUUUUUU